AUGCAGCGAUCCUCCGGCAACAACCUGGUGGACCUGGCCCUCGUGUCCAAGUACUACCCCGUCGCCAACUACUCGUAUCCUCGGAGGGGCUCGACUUCAGCCACGCCGCCUGCCUGUGCGUCGCCGUCCACCCCUUGCCCCAACGCUUCUUCCACGGGACGAGAUUCCCUGGGCUCCGAGGGCUCGGCCCCGGGACUGGUUGAGGAUCGCACAGACUCCGAGGUCUCCCUCGACGACGACUACCAGUACCACGCGCACAUGGCCGAGCUGUGGGAUAGCUUCUGGCCUCCUCACUCCGCGUCCGGCGCCCUCGGCACCAAGCGGUAUCCGGCGCUGCUGCCGUCUCCCCGUCGAGGCAAGCAGGCCUCGCUGCCGCCUGGGCCGCCGUCUGGGCCGCCGAGAGAAGCGCCGCCCGCCUGGCCUUUGCCUGACUGCCGCUCCUCGUCGCCCACCCGCGCUCCGCAGCCGCCUAGGAAGCCGAUGCCGACGUACUCUGCCUUUCCCAAGCCGACCUCUCCACCGCCGGCGGCGCCCAGGAGACCGCCUCUCGCUCUGGCCAGGGAGAGGAAGCACCGGUCGUCGCCGUGCGUGCCCCGUCCCCCGCCCGCUAGACCUCCUCGUCCGGCAGACGUCUUUCUGACCCCCUGCAUGGGCCUGCCCGCGCCUUUGGACGGGUCAAGCUACGCGGUGCAGCCGAGCAGCUGGAACCUCGGCCCGGUCCAACCCGCAAGCUGCCCAAGGCCUGCGACGUCAUAUCACCGGCGCGCAAACGACUCCCUCGACGGGGACUUGUCAAACGACUCCUCCUCGUCCUCGUCCUCGUCCUCGUCCUCGUCCUUCCCCUCCUCGCAGAGGACCACCAUGUACUCUGCUCUUUCCCACUCGGCCACUCACCUGCCUGUUCCCGAGAUUCGACUCUCCCCUUCCAAAGCUCCGAGACACUUCAAGUCGCUGGCCGCCUUGUCGGGCUCCCACACGGACGGGGAGCCUCAUUCCGUGUUCGAAGAGGACUCGGACGACGAGCGAGACCAAGGCCGCAAGUUCUUCAGCUUCCAUAAACACUCGGAAAGCGACCACCGCCGCAGACGCAACCGGCGGUCCAUCCCUAACCCGCCCCCUACCCCUGACGAAGACCACGCACUGUCUGGGCAAUCGAAGCGUGGGCACGAUGUAUUUGGUCGCUUGCUGGGCAGGAGGAGUCGCUGA